UUGGAGGCGGUGGGGGUGCUAGCGCCGGGCCUCACCAGCCUACGGCCCGCUGGGGGUGCAGUCCCGCGGCGGGGCGGGGCAGGCCCUCCUCAGUUCCUGCUUCUAUCAGCGGUGCCCGGGGCCGGUGGCGCCACAAGCGCCUGGACGGCGGGCGAAUGAGGAUGGGCCCGCGCGACGCGGCGAGCCUGCCCGGAGGCCCCAGCUCCGCGGGGCCGCUCCUCCCCGCCGUCCUCCCGCUAUUACUGCAGCUGCUGCUACUGCCAGGCUCGGGGGCCGGCCGGCCGCCCCACCUGGUCUUUGUGCUGGCGGACGACCUGGGCUGGAAUGACGUGGGCUUCCACGGCUCCUCCAUCCGCACCCCGCACCUGGACGCGCUGGCGGCCGGCGGCGUGCUCCUGGACAACUACUACACGCAGCCGCUGUGCACGCCGUCGCGGAGCCAGCUGCUCACUGGCCGCUACCAGAUCCGUAUGGGUUUGCAGCACCAGAUAAUCUGGCCCUGUCAGCCCAGCUGUGUUCCUCUGGAUGAAAAACUCCUUCCCCAGCUGUUAAAAGAAGCAGGCUAUACUACCCAUAUGGUAGGAAAAUGGCACCUGGGAAUGUACCGGAAAGAAUGCCUUCCAACACGCCGAGGAUUUGAUACCUACUUUGGAUAUCUCCUAGGUAGUGAAGAUUACUAUUCCCAUGAGCGCUGUACAUUAAUCAAUGCUCUGAAUGUCACACGAUGUGCUCUUGAUUUUAGAGAUGGCGAAGAAGUUGCAACAGGAUAUAAAAAUAUGUAUUCUACAAACAUAUUUACCGAAAGGGCUACAGCUCUCAUAACUAACCAUCCACCCGAGAAGCCUCUGUUUCUCUACCUCGCUCUCCAGUCUGUCCACGAGCCCCUUCAGGUCCCCGAGGAAUAUCUGAAGCCGUACGACUUCAUCCAAGACAAGAACAGGCAUCACUAUGCAGGAAUGGUGUCCCUUAUGGAUGAAGCCAUAGGAAAUGUCACUGCAGCCUUAAAAAGCAGCGGGCUCUGGAACAACACGGUGUUCAUCUUCUCCACAGAUAACGGAGGGCAGACUUUGGCAGGGGGCAAUAACUGGCCCCUUCGCGGAAGAAAAUGGAGCCUGUGGGAAGGAGGUGUCCGAGGGGUGGGCUUUGUGGCAAGCCCCUUGCUGAAACAGAAGGGCGUGAAGAACCGGGAGCUCAUCCACAUCUCUGACUGGCUGCCUACGCUCGUGAAGCUGGCCGGGGGACACACCAAUGGCACCAAGCCUCUGGACGGCUUCGACGUGUGGGAAACUAUCAGUGAAGGAAGCCCCUCCCCCAGAGUGGAGCUGCUGCAUAAUAUCGACCCCAACUUUGUAGACUCUUCACCAUGUCUUGGGAACAGCAUCACCCCAGCAAAGGAUGAUUCGUCUCUUCCAGGAUAUUCAGCCUUUAACACAUCUGUCCAUGCUGCAAUUAGACAUGGAAAUUGGAAACUCCUCACGGGCUACCCAGGCUGUGGUCACUGGUUCCCUCCACCAUCUCAGUACAAUGUUUCUGAGGUUGCUUCAUCAGACCCACCCACCAAGACCCUCUGGCUGUUUGAUAUUGCUCAGGACCCAGAAGAAAGAUAUGACCUGUCCAGGGAAUAUCCCCACAUCGUCCUGAUGCUGCUCUCCCGCCUGCAGUUCUACCAGAAACACUCAGUGCCUGUGUACUUCCCUGCACAGGACCCCCGCUGUGAUCCCAAAGCCACAGGGGCAUGGGGCCCUUGGAUGUAGGAUCUUAGGGAGGUCAGAAAACCCUCCUGUUGCAAGUUGGACUCCAGGCCUGUACUCACAUGACUCUCCUUUCACUCAU